GCUGGAGUUAUAAAAUACUCACGUCGUGGCCCUAGGGAUCAAGAUGUCACCUCCUCCGAAUCAAGGGCAAGUUUAUGAAGGUCGGCGUAGAGGAUGGGACUCCUCAUCGGGGCUGAGCUACGAGGAGUACCGGAGGCUCAAACGCAUCAAGAUGAGGAACACGCCGAGAGAUCCGAACGAGGACGAGAGGGAUCAUGAUGAUGAUGAUAACCUGCCGAAAGCCAAAGGCGAAUCUGAUUCUGGUAAGUCGCAAUCUGAAACUGAUCGAUCUAGGAAGCGUAGGGGGAGGAGAUCUUAUGAUAGCGAUAGCGAAUCUGUAGAGAGUGAUUCUGCUGAUGAGGAAGAUAGGAGGAGACAACGUAGUAGAAGGAAGAUUAAGAGUAAGAGCUCUAGGAGAUCUUCUUAUGAUAGCACAAGUAUUAGGAAGAAGAGAAGAUACAGUGAUUCUGAAUCUGAGAUUAGUGGUGAUGAACAGCAACACACCAAGUCAAAGAUCAAGAGGCGGAAGAAGCUCCUCUCAGGCGACGAGGAAGAUAGGGGACGUAGAACAAGUAAGAAGAAGAAAACAAGCACAAAGAAGCGAGGACAUAGGAGUGCUUCUGGGGAAGAACGUAGCAAGAGGCGCAAGAAGCUGUCAGGCGAUGGUUCUGACACUGAUCUGAAGGCGAAACUUGAAGAAAAGGUGAAGGAUACUGAGCUUGGUGAAGAGGAGGAGUCGAAGAAGUUCAGAGAGAUGGUUAAUAAUGAAUCAAAGAAGAAAUAUUUAGCUCCUGAAGAUGAAGAAACUGAGGUGGGUCCUAAAGCUGAAGGACAUAGGGGCUACGGUCCUGCGUUAAGACCCGGUGAAGGAGACGCUAUAGCACAGUACGUUCAGCAAGGGAAACGUAUCCCACGUAGAGGAGAAGUGGGUCUUAACGCUGAUGAGAUUCAGAGGUUUGAGGAUCUUGGGUAUGUCAUGAGUGGGAGUAGGCAUCAAAGGAUGAAUGCUAUUCGUAUCAGGAAAGAGAACCAGGUUUACAGUGCUGAAGACAAACGUGCGUUGGCUAUGUUUAACUAUGAGGAGAAAGCCAAGCGUGAGGCUAAGGUCAUGUCUGAUCUUUCCAGGCUGGUGCAGCGCCAUAUGGGAGAGGAGUUGGGUCCGAACCAUGACCCUUUCGGUGCUGGAAAGGCUGUUGGAGCUGACGACUGAGUGGGACAUACAGAAGCUGCUGCUCCGCUCUGCUUUUGAUGCUUCAUCCUACUUCUUUGUCUCUCACCAAUCUUUGGUUAUGUUUUUUUUUAAUUGUCUAUAUGCUGCGUGAAGCUUUUCUACAAACGUAUGUUUCUUCAUCUUCUAGUUUGCGACCGUGUUGUAGAGACGUCGUUUUGCUAUCUUGUUUUGGGUUUUAAUAUUGAAGGAGAAAAAAUAAAAUAAAAAAAA